AUUUAAGUUGUAUCCUCUCCUUAGUUGGCUCAUCAACUCCUCGCAUCAGAAAUUAAACCUGCUCCUACUCCUAAUAAUUUGCUUUGCUUGGCCCAAGUUGGUUAUCAGUGUCCAACUUUACCUAUUUCUUCAGCUAAUCCUGCAUGAAAUAUCCUUGAACCUCCUUUUUAAGAAAGAGUAGGCUUGCGAUUGCAAUCAAGCAGAUCUGCUGGAUGCUCCUUUCUAAUUUUCUGGGCUUAAUUUGUUUCUUAAUAUCUAAUUUCUUCAAAACCCUCUUCUAGACCUACAGAUUCUCAUUUUUAAUUUUUAUUUUUAAGGAUUCCUCAUUGUACUACUGUUUGAUUUUCCCUAAUUAAUUUGUGGCUGCCUAAUUGAUAAUCUUGUGACGUCUCCCUUUUUUUAAGGCACUUCAAGGUUGGGUUCCAUGGAUCCCAGUUGGUUCAAAGAACCCAAGCGUGGGUUCGAGGGAACCCAACGCUUGGGUUCGAGGGAACCCAACGCUUGGGUUCGAGGGAACCCAACGCUUGGGUUCUAUCUAACCUGGGUUUGGAACCCAGUUGGUUCGUCGUUGGGUUCUUUGGAACCAGCUGUGGUUCCAUGGAACCUAGCGCUUGGGUUCCAAAGCACUCAGCGGUGAACUAGCUGGGUACGAAGAACUCAGGCGUGGGUUCGAGAGAACCCAGCGCCUGGGUUCCUUGGAAUCAACCCAGGCAAGCGUGCUGGGUUCGGUUCCUUGCGAACCCAGCACCUGAGUGGGUUCGAAGGAACCCAGGUCUGUUGGGUUUUGAGGGGAAAGAAAAGGAAAAAGGGGAA